GCUACGCACACAAUAUCCAGUCUCUCCCAAGAACUUUCAUAGCUAUCAACAUGAAAUUCCUUGCAACAUUCUUGUUUUUGGUUGUCACCAUCUUCCUUUUCCUCGGGCAAACAAAUGCGCAAUGUCCCAACGCGCCACGCUACUACAGCUGCUCGGGUGGUUAUCACAGCGGUCACGGUGGCAGCGGUUGCUAUGCUGGCACUAGAUGGUACUACAAUUCGCGUAACGAUGAAUGCUACAGUUUCUAUUAUUAUGGCUGUGGUGGUAAUGCCAAUCGCUAUUGUUCAUUGUCUGCUUGUCAAAACAAUUGUGAAUAA